AAAAUCCCCAAGCCCCCCCCUAAAACACGAACCGAACCGAACCCAACCAAACCUCCCCCUCUCUCUCUCUCUCUCAAUACUUUCUAUCUCCACCAUAGACGGGGCUUGACAAUGUCUCCGAAGCCCUCAGAGAACGGAGUCGACGGCGACGAUGAGCGAGAAGAGGAGGAAGAUUCAGAAGACGAAGAAGAUGAAGAAGAAGAAUUGGACGAGGAAGAAGAGGAUGAGCCGAGGCUCAAGUACCAGCGAAUGGGGGGAAGUGUGCCCUCGCUUCUCUCUAGCGACGCCGCCUCCUGUAUCGCCGUCGCCGAGCGAAUGAUCGCUCUCGGCACUCACGCCGGCUCUCUUCAUAUUCUUGAUUUCCUCGGCAAUCAAGUAAUGGAAUUCCCUGCCCAUACUGCUACUGUCAAUGAUCUUUGCUUUGACAUAGAAGGUGAAUACAUUGGAAGCUGUUCAGAUGAUGGAUCUGUUGUAAUAAGCAGCCUUUUUACUGACGAGAGAAUGAAAUUUGAUUAUCAUCGUCCAAUGAAGGCGAUUGCUCUGGAUCCAGAUUAUGCAAGAAAAUCAUCCAGAAGAUUUGUUGCUGGUGGUUUAGCAGGUCAUUUAUAUUUUAAUACAAAGAAGUGGAUGGGGUACCGUGACCAGGUUCUGCACUCUGGUGAAGGCCCUAUUCAUGCAGUGAAGUGGAGAACAAGUCUCAUUGCUUGGGCUAAUGAUGCAGGUGUGAAAGUUUAUGAUUCUGCUAACGAUCAGCGUGUAACCUUUAUUGAGAGACCACGAGGAAGCCCACGCCCUGAGCUUCUGCUUCCUCACUUAGUUUGGCAGGAUGAUGUUCUCUUGGUAAUUGGAUGGGGAACAUCUGUGAAAAUUGCAUCUAUAAGAACAAAUCAGAACAAAGUUGCGAAUGGGACACAUAAGCAUAUUCCCAUGUCUAGCAUGAACCAAGUGGAUAUCGUGGCAUCUUUUCAAACCAGCUAUUUCAUUUCCGGAAUUGCUCCUUUUGGUGAUACUUUGGUUGUUCUAGCUUAUAUUCCGGGGGAAGGAGAUGGAGAGAAGGAAUUUAGCAGCACCAUUCCAUCACGCCAGGAACCCCCAAUAGGAGCGGUCAUUGUAGACAUGUUUGCUUUUCGCAGUUAUGCUUCACUGCAAGACCAGGGAAAUGCUCAGAGACCGGAAGUGCGUGUAGUCACAUGGAACAAUGAUGAGCUUGCAACAGAUGCACUACCUGUCCAUGGCUUUGAGCAUUACAAGGCAAAGGACUAUGCCCUUGCUCACGCUCCAUUCUCAGGUAGCAGCUAUGCAGGUGGGCAGUGGGCUGCUGGUGAUGAGCCAUUAUACUAUAUUGUAUCCCCAAAGGAUGUAGUUAUUGCAAAACCUAGGGAUGCAGAAGAUCAUAUUUCUUGGCUUCUUCAACAUGGAUGGCAUGAAAAAGCUUUAGCAGCAGUUGAAGCUGGGCAGGGACGAAGUGAGCUUCUUGAUGAGGUGGGGUCUAGCUAUCUUGAUCAUUUGAUUGUGGAAAGGAAAUAUACUGAAGCCGCAUCAUUAUGUCCCAAAUUGUUGCGAGGAUCGGCUCCAGCAUGGGAGAGAUGGGUUUUCCACUUUGCUCAUCUUCGUCAGCUACCUGUAUUGGUUCCAUACAUACCAACUGAAAACCCAAGGUUACGUGAUACUGCUUAUGAGGUAGCUCUUGUUGCUCUGACAACAAAUCCAUCUUUUCACAAGGAUCUCUCGUCAACCGUCAAAUCUUGGCCGCCUGUAAUUUAUUCUGCCUUGCCUGUUAUCUCAGCCAUAGAACCUCAGCUAAAUACUUCAUCCAUGACUGAUGCACUAGGAGAGGCACUAGCAGAGUUGUAUGUAAUUGAUGGACGGUACGAGAAAGCUUUUGCGCUAUAUGCUGAUCUUAUGAAGCCAGAUAUAUUUGACUUUCUCGAAAAACAUAGCUUACAUGAUGCUCUUCGUGAAAAGGUUGUCCAACUGAUGAUGAUAGAUUGCAAAUGUGCAGUACCAUUGUUGACCCAGCACAGAGACUUAAUCACUGCAUCUGAAGUCGUUUCACAACUUUUGGCUGCGGGGAAUAAGUGUGAUUCCAGAUACCUUUUACAUCUAUAUCUGCAUUCGCUAUUUGAAGCUAACCCGCAUGCUGGAAGGGAUUUCCAUGAUAUGCAGGUGGAGCUUUAUGCAGACUAUGAUCAAAAAAUGUUGCUUCCAUUUCUUCGCAGUAGUCAGCACUAUACACUUGAGAAGGCAUAUGAAAUUUGUGUCAGAAGAGAUCUAUUGAGAGAGCAAGUUUUCAUCCUUGGAAGAAUGGGAAAUCCAAGACAAGCCCUUGUGGUUAUCAUAAAUAAAUUAGGGGAUAUUGAAGAGGCUAUAGAAUUUGUGAGUAUGCAGCAUGAUGAUGAACUUUGGGAAGAAUUGAUAAAGCAGUGUUUUCAUAAACCUGAAAUGGUGGGAGUGUUGCUGGAGCACACUGUUGGCAAUCUUGAUCCUCUCUAUAUUGUAAAUAUAGUGCCCAAUGGCCUCGAGAUACCUCGACUGAGGGAUCGCCUAGUCAAAAUCAUAACAGACUACAGAACAGAAACUUCUCUUAGACAUGGAUGUAAUGAUAUUCUUAAGGCUGAUUGUGUUAACCUGUUGAUCAAAUACUAUAAAGAAGCAAGGCGUGCCAUUUACUUGAGCAACGAAGAAGACGAAACACGAGCUAAAAGGAAUGACAGUAGUAGUAGGGCUUCUCAGACUGAGAUCAUGAAAACCACGGAGGUUAAGUCGAAAACUAAGGGAGGUGGAAGGUGUUGCAUUUGUUUUGAUCCCUUCUCUAUACAGAAUGUAUCAAUCAUUGUAUUCUUUUGCUGUCACACGUAUCACACAACUUGUCUUUUGGAUUCUAUCAAUGCGGUUCUUGCCAAGAAAGAGGCAGCCAGACCUACUUCUCGGGACACGGAAUUGUAUUAUCAAUACGAAAAUGGUGAUGGUGAUGUUGAUGAUGAUGACGAGGAUGGUAAUACUGCUUCAGGUGCCCCUCGGAUGCGUUGUAUUUUGUGUACCACAGCUUCAAGUUGAGUAUAAGGUGUGUGAGUGUGUGUGUGCCCUGCGAUGUGUUUUUCUCGUGGUGUGUGUCCACUUAUGUAUAUUAGGUUUUUGUUUGUCUGUUGUUGAUGGGCUUUUUGUAUUUUAAUUUAUUUUUUUGGCGAGAAUUUUGAUUUUCUGGCCUCUUAAUUGUUUCUUUGGCUUCAGUUUUCUGUGACUAGCUUUUGCAUAUUUUAUGGGGUGGGUCUGAUUACUUUGAUGUCUGAUAUAUAGAAAAAAAGAAAAAGAUUAGUUCAAUAUGUGUUGAGAAGUAAUUGGAGUA